CUUCAGUAAGAUGGUUGCAGAAGAGUACCUCAAAUUCUUUGAGUUUACAGACAUGACAUUGGACCAAUCACUCAGAUGUUUUCUGAAAGCAUUCUCACUAAUGGGCGAGACUCAGGAGAGAGAGCGGGUGUUAAUUCAUUUCUCUAAUCGGUACUAUCAGUGUAAUCCCACCACCAUCACUGCACAAGAUGGAGUUCAUUGCCUUACCUGUGCGCUAAUGCUGCUCAACUCUGACCUUCAUGGCCCAGUAAGUGACCUCUGACCCUCUGCCAGAGUUGCCCGUGUUAACCAGCGAAAUGAAGACUGACAGUU